AAGGGGCGCCACUGGCCCUCACACUGACACUUCAGUUCACCAGGUAGUGCCACUGGCCCUCACACUGACACUUCAGUUCACCAGGUGGCACAAUUGGCCCUCACACUGACACUUCAGUUCACCAGGUGGCACCACUGGCCCACAUUGACACUUCUUACUAAUAUUUACUCUCGGGGGUUUGAAAGGUAAACAAUAAUUAGCGCACAUGGUGCAAGCUGCUGGUUAACACAGUUCUGGCAAACAGUUAAACAACCGCACAGUACAACAGUGUAUAGAACAUCUGAACAGCAGUAGCAGCAGCCAGAGAAGCACUGAGAGUGCUUCAGUGGAACACCAACAGUGAACCAACGGUGACAACAGAUUAUUCAACCAAGGCAACGGGAGUGACAACAGACACCACUGAAGCAGAGAGUAUCUACUAAGUGAAAGUGUCGCAAGUACUCGCACUUUCUAGAGACUGAGAAAAUAAUGCUAUAAUCAAGAUAUUUUCUCAAUCAAAGUAAAUGAGCAAGCAAGGAAGACCUCAAGACCAAGAGAGGUGUUGUACUGCCUAACCCACACCACUCACCCCUGACAUCAGCUUGCGCCAGGCGAGUAGUGCAGAGACCAAAGUAGAAUGUUUCAGUUGGCCGAGAUUCGUCAUAUGGUGAGAAUCCCACCUUGGCUCUUUGGUCAAACUCUUAAUGAUGCUGUAGAAGAGGAACUUAAUCGAAAGCUUGCAAACAAGGUAGUGCUGAAUGUUGGCUUGUGUAUAGCACUGUUUGACAUUACAUCUCUGGGAGACUCUUACAUCUUCCCAGGAGAUGGAGCCUCUCACACCAGAGUAACCUUCAGAUAUGUUGUCUUUAGACCUUUUCUGGAAGAAAUUCUGGAGGGAGUUGUCAAGUCUUCAGAUGCUGAUGGAAUGCAAGUAAAUGUCUACAGGAGAAGGGAUUACUAGCCCAUCGCUCCCGGCAUUUUAGUCGCCUCAUACGACACGCAUGGCUUACGGAGGAAAGAUUCUUUUCCACUUCCCCAUGGACAAUAGAAGAAAUAAAGAAGAACAAGAGCUAUUUAGAAAAAGGAGAAAAACCUAGAUGUAUGUAUAUAUAUAUAUAUGCAUGUGUGUGUCUGUGAAGUGUGACCAAAGUGUAAGUAGGAGUAGCAAGAUAUCCCUGUUAUCUAGCGUGUUUAUGAGACAGAAAAAGAAACCAGCAAUCCUACCAUCAUGCAAAACAGUUACAGGUUUCUGUUUCACA